CACACACCACCUCACACCCCAAGUUCCCACCCGCACCUCUGGCUUCCUCCCACCUGCACUUCAGGACCGGCCCAGACUCUUCAUAGCCCCAACUCCAAGACUUCCCUCCCCACAUCACAGAUGGCUGAUGCUGACCCUGAGGAAAGAAACUAUGACAACAUGCUGAAAAUGCUGUCAGAUCUGAAUAAGGACUUGGAAAAACUAUUGGAAGAGAUGGAGAAAAUCUCAGUGCAGGCAACCUGGAUGGCCUAUGACAUGGUGGUGAUGCGCACCAACCCCACGCUGGCCGAGUCCAUGCGUCGGCUGGAGGAUGCCUUCGUCAACUGCAAGGAGGAGAUGGAGAAGAACUGGCAAGAGCUGCUGCAUGAGACCAAGCAAAGACCGUAGGCCCCACUGGCCCACCACAGCUGCCAUGCCACCCUCUGCCCAUUAAGAGGUCCCUGGGGGAUGGAGCUGGUGCCCACGUGAACAGCUGUAUGCACUGUAAUUGUUUCUUAAUAAACUUAUUUUUAAGCACA